AUUAACCUCCCAGUAUGUCCUAUCUCUAGAGGAGAAACUGGAGCACUUGAGGAAACCCAGGAAGAACAUCCAUACUGUCCUUCUUUGAAUCCCUUGCUUCAAAAUGCUUUUAAUGUCAUUUCCGAUAUGACAGCUCUGUAGGCACCCCUGAGAGAACCCUUAUCCUUUCACAACCACAAUACACAGUCAGGGGGGUGAAAGGUCACAAACGACAGGAGGCUGUUCUGCCCGUCUGGCCCGGUGGAUCAUUAGUACUUAACUGAUCCCAGGAUCUCAUCCAGGAGUUUCUUGAAAGAAGCCAGGGUAUCGGCUUCAAUAUCAUGGCUGGACAACUUGUACCUCCUGUCAUGUAUGGAGGAUCAGGGAUUCUUCAAGAAAUAGCUUCUUAUUUAACCAAUGUAUAUAAAAAAUGACUAAAGAAACCCAUUUAAAAAAAGUACGAAGCGAAAUGUUUAAAUAUUCAAAAUAUUUUCAAAUUUGAGCAAUUAAAAAGUAUAUAGCUGCCUCCUAUUAUCAGUCAUUACUGCACUUUCUCUUCAUUUCCAGCUGCCUCAUUGCUGAUCCUGAAUCACUUGGUUGGACUGACAACACCAGUGUCUUUCAGGAGUUUGCUGACUCCUGUCAGAUGCCUGUGUGAUCAGCCCUGAUUGGAAGACUCGGCUGUUUAAACCUGCCUGGGUGCGACUGCAAAGCUGCACUUAAUCUGCUGACUUGUCUGUGACCACGCCCCCCCCCCUUCUGGGCCAGUUCUGGCUGAUACUGCACCCAUUUCAAGAGAGCCUGUGUCCCUGUGCUCUCAGGGCUUCCUGCCCAACAGUGUCAGCUAUUCUCAAGCCAGUGAGAAUAAGUCUCAUUUUCAUUCACAUCGCCGAGUGUAUGUUUGUUGAUUCUUACGUGUUGAUUCUACUAAGUUUCAGAUUUUGAUAAAGAAUCUAUGUUACUAAAGGCUGAGCCUUGGUAUGGCGAGUUAAUGCAGCUGCCACACAGUUCUAGGGUCCUGGGUUUAAGUCUGGGCUCAGGGAUCUGUCUGAGUGGAGUCUGCGUGUUCUCCUAGUGUUUGAGGGUUUUCUUUAAAGACUCGCUGAAUUGCUUCAUUCUUCAUGUCCCUUACUGUCCCGAGAGAGAGCAGCUCUCAGCAUGUCCUGGGUCGAUGUUCAAAUGCAGCAGCAGACCGGGUGAGAGUCUCCUAACAAGUUCACACCUCUGCUAAGUAGCUACACUGUAACCUUCAGGGUAGAGGAGAAGACUGUGAAGUGUGAAAACCUCAAACAGAAAUAGAAAACCCACAAGAUUUUAAAGAUCUCCUUAUCUUCACAGAUACACAGAAUGUUUCUCUCACAACAGCUCCUUAUAAGGCAGGUGAGAAACACCAAACCAAGUCUGUCUGCGCUCAGAGGUUCUGGGGACCCUGCCUGUGAACAGAGGUCUCAAACAGCUCAAACAGCAGGGACAAAGUACAGCACGCCUAUCUCCGCACUGAGAGGGACUGACCUGACUCCUGCUUUCGGACAGUAACAGGUGACCCAGCUCAACAGAGCAACAUGGAGAUGAAGACCCUGAUGAUGAUGGUGAUGACUGGUCUCUUAGUGGCUGUGGAGUCCAGACAGGUUCGGGUCCCAAGCCAGAUCAUAAUGAGCAUGUGCCCCGAUUCCGUCGAUGAUGCCUACAUGCAGUGUAACCAUCAGAUGGCAGAAGCAGUCAGCAGGACCCUCCUCACAAAGGAACUGGUGGAAAAGCUUAGCAAGGCUUGGAAACACGCUCAGAGGGAGUUUAAGAAUAAGACUCUGGCUGACCUCGCACCCGGGAUGACCUACAACCACGCCAUCGCCAUCCACGUCUACACCCGCGAGGGGAAUUUCCCCAUCUACAAGGAAUUCAACAGCGCAGUGCGCACCCAGGGCAGGAGCUACAGGGACUCCUUCCAGUACAAGGCCCUGCACUUCCUCCUGGCCGACUCCAUCCGCCUGCUGCAGGAGCACUCCGGAAAACAGUGCCGCUGGACGUUCCGGGGGUCCGUGCACACGUUCGCCGCCCACACCGGCCGCCAGGUCCGGUUCAGCUCCUUCACCUCCACUUCUCUGGACCCCAAGGUAGCCAAGGGCUUCGGCAGGAGGACCUGCUUCCAGAUCCUGACGUGCCUGGGGGCGGAACUGGGGAACCUGUCCUUGCUCCCCAGGGAGCGGGAGGUGCUGGUGCCCCCCCAUGAGAAGUUCGAGGUGAGAGACGGGCAGGCAGACUCCUCCCUGAGAGAGUGCAGAAGGGUCAUCCUUCUGGAGAGCAGCGGCCUGCAGAGCAACCUGAACUGCCAGCUGUUCGAGGACAGGAACGCCGGCAGGAAAGGGCAAAUACUUUCAAAGAAGCAGCCAACACCGGAAAUGACUCAGAAUGACUCGUGAAUGGCUUGUGUCUCUUGAAUACUGAAUUAAAAGCAAGUACCGC